AUGUUGAAAAGAAUGGAGAUCAUGUUUCGAAGGAGGAAAGAGCUUCAACAUCUUAUGGCCAGUGGUGGUGGUUUGUACAAUGGAGGAGGAGGUGGUGGUUUCGCCAAUGAAGGUGGUGGUGGUUUCGGCAAUGAAGGAGAAGGUGGUGGUUUCGGCAAUGGAGGUGGCGGUGGUUUCGGCAAUGGAGGAGAAGGUGGUGGUUUCGGCAAUGGAGGUGGCGGUGGUUUCGGCAAUGGAGGCGGUGGUGGUGGUGGUUUUGGCAAUGGAGGUGGUGGUGCUUUUGAUAAUGGGGGUGAUGGUGGUGAUGCUUUCAUUAAUGAAGGUGGUGGUGGUGAUCAUUCUUUAGCCAAUGUUGUUGAUGAAGGUGGUGCUUUGGUUGGUGGUGGUGGAGAUCAUCUUGGCAAUAAUGAUGUUGCUUGA